AUGCGCGAAUCCUAUAAAAGUCGUGAUCAAAUCGCAGAAACAGUUCUCAAAUCUUCAGAUUUCGGUACAAUUCGAGUAAGUCAACAUUUUCCUAGAAAUACAAAAAAAGUUUCAUUUAGGAAAUAGUUCGAUAUUCUGUGAACUCAUCAUUGAAUGAACACAGAACGAAACAUGAAACUGAACCUAGAGUUUACGAACACAAAGGUAAUUAUUUUACUUUAUGAAUCAAUAAAAUAAAAAAUUUCAUCUAUUUUAGAACGUGUUAUUCAUAGUUUGGUUCAAAGUUGGCUGAAUAAAAAUGGAUAUCCCUUGGCUGCAAUUGCAAUGAAAUGUGAAAUGAACGGAAAUUUAAUCGAAAACCCCGAAAGAUAUAUUGUUUCUGGAGAACUAUUUGAGAAUAAUUUAAGAUUACAAUCAGAGAAAAAUCUGCCACCAGUUAAUUCAGAAAAAGAAAUAUGGGAACAACGAGAACUUCCAUUAAUCGAAAAAGAAGAAAAGGAUGUUAUUAACAUAAGAAGAUCACAAGAAACCUUGGAAAAAUCGAUGAAACAAAGAAUUGAAAAAGAAGUCGAGAGAGUUAGUUUCAAAUAAUUUUCUAGAAAUUUGUGUUUCUUUUUUCUUAUAGAAAAAUCGUAUAAAAGAAAAAUCUGAUGAUGAAUCCGAAAAAUCUUCGAGCGAUGAAACAACAUCGGCAACAUCUGACAAGUUAGUUUUUUGAAUCGAUCAAAUUGUUACCUUUUUCUUUAGUGACACAUCUUCAAGUUCCGGAACAGAUGAACCAAAAAAUUGGGGUCCUUCAAAAAUAGAAUUGGUUACUGAUAAAAUGAUGGUGGAUUCGGAGAAAAAAGAACAAUUCGAUGAACGGAAAACAGUGGAAGUGAAAAGAGAAGAGAUCGAAGAAGGAGAUUUGGAAGAACUUAAAUUCCCAGAAGAUGAUUCAGUAGACGAAUUGGAUGAUUUUGAUACUGGACUUCUUUCUUCUGGUGGUUCUGAUAUAUCAUUUUAA